AUGGAGGCUCUCAACAAGAUCGAUGGUGAGAAGAUGGACCAGCGCUUCCGGAGGGAUCGUAUCAGUGACAAACGGAGAGAGAAGUACCCCAUACCAGCCCAAGUGGAGUACAAUAGGAUGAAUUCAACGGUGCAAGGAGUGUUUCACCGUCAUGUCCACCAUCACGUACACUACUACAAAGACGAGAAUCAGCAGCAGCCUCCACCGGAGCAGCCGCCAAAGGCGGAUGUUGAAGGUGAGGGCUCAGAGCCUCUUAAGGAGUUCCAAACACAAAAAGGGAAAAAGAAACUCCCGAAGAGCUCAGGGAACAGCAAGUCUGUCGCCGAGAUCCUCCGCCCAGUGGAGUUCUAUCCAGUGGGUGCCGCUGGGGCUGGCUUGCGUAAAGCCAGGUCCAAGUCAGAAGCAAAGCUUGUCAGGCCCUAG